AUGAGGACGUGCCGGGCCACCCCUCGCUGCGCCGCGGGGCUCCUCGUGCUGCUCCUCGGGGGCUUGGGUCUGGCGGAUCCCCCCGGCCACGCAGGUAAUGAACCAUUCACCAUCAUCAAUGAAAAUACAGGCAAGUGCAUCAAGCCACUGAAUGACUGGAUAGUACCAAAAGACUGUGACAACUCUAAGGACAUGUUAUGGAAGUGGGUGUCCCAGCAUCGACUUUUUCAUUUGCAAUCCCAAAAGUGCCUUGGAAUAGAUAUUACCAAAUCCACAGAUUCCUUGAGAAUGUUCAGCUGUGACUCCAGUGCCAUGCUGUGGUGGAAAUGUGAGCACCAUUCUCUGUAUGGCGCUGCCCAAUACAGGCUAGCACUGAAGGAUGGGCAUGUCAUAGCAAGUACAAAUUCAUCUGAUUUCUGGAAGAAAGGAGGUUCAGAAAAAAGCCUGUGUGAUGAGCCUUAUCAUGAGAUAUAUACCAGAGAUGGGAACUCCUUUGGAAGACCCUGUGAAUUCCCAUUCUUCGUUAAUGGGACUUGGCAUCAUGAGUGUGUGAUUGACGAAACACAUAGUGGACCAUGGUGUGCCACCACCUUAAAUUACAAAGAAGAUCAAAAGUGGGGCAUCUGCUUAAUGCCAGAAAGUGGCUGUGACACUAAUUGGGAAAAGAAAGAGCAGAUGGGAAGCUGCUACCAAUUUAAUACACAGGCCUCUAUUUCUUGGAAAGAAGCUUAUGUUUCAUGUCAGAAUCAAGGAGCUGAUUUACUGAGUAUCAACAGUGCUGCUGAAUUAACUUACCUUACAGAAAAAGAAGACAUUGCUAGAAUUUUCUGGAUCGGCUUAAAUCAGCUGUAUACUGCUAGAGGCUGGGAAUGGUCAGACCACAAGCCAUUAAACUUUCUCAACUGGGAUCCAGAUAUGCCUAGUGCACCGACAAUUGGUGGGUCAAGCUGUGCAAGUAUGAAUGCUGAUUCUGGUCUGUGGCAGAGUUCUUCCUGUGAAGCUCAGCUGCCGUACAUCUGCAAAAAACCACUCACUGACACAGUGGAAUUAGCAGAUGUUUGGACAUACUCACUUACCCACUGUGAUGCAGGCUGGCAGCCGAAUAAUGGAUUUUGCUAUCUGCUGGUAAAUGAAAGUGAUUCAUGGGAUAACGCACAUAUGAAAUGCAAAGCCUACAGCGGUGAUCUCAUCAGCAUUCAUUCUUUAGCAGAUGUGGAAGUGGUUGUCACAAAACUCCAUAAUGGGGAUACCAAAGAAGAAAUAUGGACAGGCCUUAAGAAUACAAAUACUCCAACUUUAUUUCAGUGGUCAGAUGGAACUGAAGUUACUCUAACAUAUUGGAAUGAGAAUCAACCAAAUGUUCCCUAUAAUAAGACUCCCAACUGCGUUUCCUACUUUGGAAAGCUCGGACAAUGGAAAGUUCAGUCAUGUGAAGAGAAACUUAAAUAUGUAUGUAAGAAGAAGGGAGAAAAAAUAAAUGAUACGGAUUCUGAGAAAAUAUGUCCUCCAGAAGAGGGCUGGAAAAGACAUGGGGAAACCUGUUACAAGAUUUAUAAGGAUGAAGUCCCUUUUGGAACCCAGUGCAAUCUGACAAUAACAAGCAGAUUUGAGCAAGAAUACUUGAAUGAUAUGAUUAAAAAGUAUACUAAAUCCCAAAAUAAAUACUUCUGGACUGGCCUGACAGAUAAAGAUAAACUUGGAGAGUAUAGUUGGUCAAUUGCUGGUGGAAGAAAGCGGGCUCUCACCUUUUCCAAUUGGAAUUAUCUUGAACCAGCUUUUCCAGGCGGUUGUGUGGCUAUGUCUUCUGAAAGAUCCCUUGGCAAGUGGGAGGUGAAAGACUGCAAGAGCUUUAGAGCACUUUCAAUUUGCAAGAAAAUAAGUGGACCCACUGAGACAGAAGAAGCAGCUCCCAAGCCCAAAGACUUAACCUGUCCUGAAGGCUGGCAUACUGUGACCUCAAGUCCUUUCUGUUAUAAGCUGUUUCACAGAGAAAGAAUUAUAAGAAAGAGGAACUGGGAAGAAGCUGAAAGAUUCUGCCAAGCACUUGGAGCACACUUGCCCAGCUUUAGUCAUACGAGUGAAAUAAGGGAAUUUCUUCAGUUUUUAAUGGACCAGUUCAGUGACCAGCGUUGGAUGUGGAUAGGUUUGAAUAAAAGGAGCCCAGAUUUACAAGGAUCAUGGCAAUGGAGUGAUUAUACACCUGUAUCUACUGUUACCAUGCCAAAUGAAUUGCAGCAGGAUUAUGAUAUUAGAGACUGUGCUGCUGUCAAGGCUGUUCAUUGGCCAUGGCGAAGAAUGAGGUAUUUCUAUAAUGACAGAGAAUAUUUUCAUUUAAGACCUUUUGCUUGUGACACAAAACUUGAAUGGGUAUGCCAGAUUCCAAAAGGUCAAACUCCUAAAACACCAGACUGGUAUAAUCCAGAACGUGCUGGAAUUCAUGGACCUCCAGUCAUAAUAGAAGGGAGUGAAUAUUGGUUUGUUGCUGAGCCUCAAUUAAACUAUGAAGAAGCUGUCCUGUAUUGUGCUGGCAAUCACAGCUCUCUGGCUACUUUAACAUCUUUUACAGAUCUAAAAGCCAUCAAAAACAAAAUAGCAAAUAUAUCUGGUGAAGAACAGAAGUGGUGGUUGAGAACUAUUGAACAGUCUGUAGAUCAUCGUUUCUUCCACUCACGAUAUCCAUGGCAUCACUUUCAUGCAAUGUUUGAAGAGGAGUGCUUUUCCAUAGCUGCCAAGUCCUGGAUGAGUGAUUUAAAUAAAUUAACAGACUGUGGUACCAAGUUGCCCUUCAUCUGUGAAAAAUAUAAUGUUUCCUCAUUAGAGAAAUACAGUCCAGAUUCUGCAGCUAAAAUAAAAUGCUCUGGUGAUUGGAUUCCUUUUCAGAAUAAGUGUUUUCUAAAGAUCAAACCCAAGACUUUGACAUUUACUCAAGCAAGUGAUGUUUGCCAGUCGUAUGGUGGGACCCUUCCUUCAGUGUUGAGCCAGAGAGAGCAAGAUUUUAUUACACACUUACUUCCUGGUAUGGAAACAACUUUAUGGAUUGGUUUGCGCUGGACUGCUUAUGAAAAGAUAAACAGAUGGACAGAUAAUCAAGAGCUAACAUACAGUAACUUUAACCCGUUAUUGGUUGGUCGGUGGCUGAAACUACCAACAAAUAUUUUCGAUGAAGAUUCCCACUACCACUGUGCAAUGAUGGUCAACAUCCCAAAGUCACGUUUUAUUGGAACAUGGAAUUUUACUGCCUGCAGUGAACACCAUACUCUGUUUCUCUGUCAGAAAUAUUCAGAAAUGGAAGACAUACAGACCUUGAAGAAUGCUUCAGAAACUAUAAAGUAUCUCAAUAAUCUGUAUAAAAUAAUCCUGAAGAAUCUGACUUGGUUUGAUGCUCUGACUGAGUGUCACAAAGCAAAUAUGCAACUGGUUAGCAUCACAGACCCUUACCAGCAGGCAUUCCUAACUGUGCAGGCCAUCCAGCAUAACUCCUCUUUAUGGAUUGGACUCUCCAGUCAAGAUGAUGAACUCAAUUUUCAUUGGUCAGAUGGAAAACAUCUUCAGUUUAGUCGCUGGGAUGAUAAUAAUGAGCAACUUGAAGCUUGUGUAGUGUUAGACACAGAUGGAUUCUGGAAAACAGCAGAGUGCGAUGUUUAUCAACCGGGUGCUAUUUGCUACUAUCCAGGAAAUGAGACUGCAAAAGAGGUCAAACCCACUUACAACAUUCAAUGUCCGUCUCCUGUUCUAAAUACUCCAUGGAUACCAUUUCAGAAUAGUUGUUACAAUUUCCUGAUUACAAAGAAUAGACACACAACAAUAACACAAGAGGAAGUUCACUCUAAAUGCCAGAAAUUGAAUCCCAAAUCACAUAUUCUGAGUAUUCGAGAUGAAAAUGAGAAUAAUUUUGUUCUUGAACAACUUCUACACUUCAAUUAUAUGGCUUCAUGGGUCCUGUUAGGUCUCACUUAUGAAAGUAAUUCCCUUAUGUGGACUGACAAGACCAGGCUGUCAUAUACAAACUGGAAAAGAGGGAGACCAGAUAUAAAGAAUAACAAGUUCUUUGCUGGCUUGAAUACCGAAGGCUUGUGGGAUAUUCAGCCCUUUAAUGUUAUUGAAGAAACGCUGUAUUUUCAACAGCAUAGCAUUCUUGCUUGUAAGAUUGAAAUGGUUGACUACAAGGAAGAAUAUAAUACUACUCUGCCACAGUUUAUUCCAUAUGAAGAUGUUAUUUAUAAUGUUAUUCAAAAAAAGUUAACAUGGUAUGAAGCAUUACAAACAUGUUAUCAAAAUGGAGGUCAUUUAGCAAGUGUUCAUGACCAAAAAGGCCAGCUCUUCCUAGAAGAUAUUGCAAAACGUGAUGGAUAUCCACUGUGGGUUGGGCUCUCAAGUCAUGAUGGAAAAGAGUCAAACUUUGAAUGGUCUGAUGGCAGUGCAUUUGACUACAUUCCAUGGAAAGAUAAAAUAUCUGAAGGAAAUUGUGUUGUCUUGGAUCCAAAUGGAAUUUGGAGACAUGAAAAAUGCAGUUCUGUUCAGGAUGGUGCUAUUUGUUAUACACUAAAAACACGUAAAGAGGUUUCUUCUUAUACAUAUUCUUCAAGAUGUCCAACAGCAAAACAGAAUAAGACGCAGUGGGUCCAAUACAAGGGUCACUGUUACACAUCUGACCAGUCAUUGCACAGUUUCUUAGAGGCUAAAAAGUUUUGUUCAGAACUUGAUAAUUCUGCAGCUGUUGUUACCAUAAUGAAUGAGGAUGAGAAUAAAUUCGUAAGCAAACUGAUGAGGGAAAAUAACAAUAUUACCAUGAGAGUUUGGCUUGGAAUGAUCAUCCAUUCUGAUAAGACUUCACAUUGGUUGGAUGGAUCAGAGGUUACAUUUGUCAAAUGGGCAGAUAAAAGUAAGAGUGGCAGUGGAAAAUGUGGCAUUCUGUUAGCUUCAAAUGAAACUUGGAAAAACGUUGACUGUACACCUGGCUAUGGAAGAGUUGUCUGCAAAAUUCCUUUAAAUUGUCCUUCAUCCACCUGGGUUCAGUUCCAAGACAGUUGUUACCUUUUUCUUCAAGAAGCCAUCAAUGUAGAAAGCAUAGAUGAUAUCAGAAAUCAGUGUACUGCCUAUGGAGCAGAUAUGGUAAGCAUACAUAAUGAAGCAGAAAAUGCUUUUAUAUUGGAUAAUUUGAAAAACCUAUGGAAAGGCCCUGAUGAUCUCCUACUGGGCAUGUUUUUUGAUACAGAUGAUGAAAGUUUCAAGUGGUUCGAUAAGUCAAAUGUGACAUUUGAUAAAUGGACAGACCAAGAAGAUGGUGAAGAUCUAAUUGACACCUGUGCAUUUUUGCACAUCAAGACAGGUGAAUGGAAAAAAGGAAAUUGUGAAGUUUCUUCUGUGGAAGGAACCCUGUGUAAAACAGCUAUCCCUUACGAAGCAAAGUACUUAUCAGAUAACCAUAUUUUAAUAUCAGCUUUGGUGAUUGCUAGCACAGUAAUUUUGACAGUUCUGGGAGCAGUUAUUUGGUUCCUGUACAAAAGGAAUUUGGAUUCCGGCUUCACCACAGUUUUUUCUUCUGUACCCCAAUCACCUUAUAAUGAUGACUGUGUUUUAGUAAUUGCAGAGGAAAAUGAGUAUUCUGUUCAACUUGACUGAGACUUUGGAAAUCAUGAGUGUUUCCCAAGCAAGAUUUUAUAAAAACUGAGAAUUACAGCUCUUAUGUAUACUUAUCUUGGUAACAUUGCAACAGAACCCUUUAGCUUCAUACAAAACUCUAACAGAAAAAAUGUAUUUGUUUUAACCAUUUCCCCCAAUUCUUCACUUGAAGCUUAAAUCAAACGGAAAUAAAACCUAUUCUACUUGUCUUA